ACACAGACCAGUCUCGACGUUGGUGCUUGCUGAGCUGAGGAGAAACUCGCAGGAGCUGGCGACAGCUGACAUGAAGCAGAAACAGCAGAGAGGGAGAGACAGCGAAGGUAUUAGCAGCUCAUAAAAAGGCACUUAGAGCUGCAGUUAAGCAACUCACAUAUUCAUCACCAGUGGCUGCUACUGAACUCACACAUUUUUUAAGUCUCGGCGGCAGCUGCUGCCAUUAUGAGGAAUUACAAAGGCGGAAAGACGUCAAGAUAACAAAUCUGUGAUAAAGGGUGAAGCGAUAAGGAGCAUGACGUCUGUGAGCAGGACACACUCUGUUUGGACAGGAACUUAAUACCAAAAGCUGGACACUUUUUAAAACCUUUUUCUCAUUUGGAAACAGGAUUUGGAAUAAGCUCUCCCCUCGUUUUUUCUCUCUGUCUCCCUUUGAUGCUUUUCCAAGGAUCAGGCAGCCUGACAGAAAAAGUUGUGACAGAUUUAGAAAGCUGCAAAAAAAAAAAAAAAAAAAAAAAGUCCAGAGAGAGACAGACAGAGCUUUGCCCCGGAGGUUCAUGAGGAAGAAACGGGAGACAGAUAAAGAGGCAGGGAUAAUCUGAGAGAGGGAGGGAAGAGCACAGCUGUUGUGUGAAGGGAAAAUAUAGAUAAAGAAAGCGAGGAGGUGCAAAAGUGUGACGAGGACGACCAAGGCUGGAAAGACGGAGAGAGAGUCAGCGGAUAAAAGAGUCAGAUUGUGGGAUAAUUCAAGUUGAAGGUCAAGAAAAACUGAGGAGAUAAAGGGCAAACAGACACCUGACAUCAACAGAAUGGAGACGCAGCAGGACAAGAGGGAAGACUUCCUCUGAUGUGAAAGAAAAGGAUAAAGGAGCUGUGUUCGACAGGCCGAAGAAAAGAUCUCCUCAUCAUGUUUUAUUCAGCUGGUUUCCCAAAUUCAAACAACCUGCGCCGGAAGAGCAACUUCGUCCCAGGAUAGAAUGAAACACGGAGCAAAGAGAUACCUGCCGAGUCUGUGAUACCCUCCUGCUCCUCCUUUUCCUCCUCUCCUCCUUCCUUCCUUUCACUUUACACCCAGUUUUAAAUCAACUUCCUCCUCCUCUGCCCUGAUAUCUCCUCUCCUCCUCUCUCCUCUCUCCUCUCCAUCUCCUCACUAUGUGGAUACCAGCUUUGCUCCUAUGGAUUCUUAAUAUCAGCAGUUUGUGCUCAGGACAAGACUAUACGGACUAUUACCAACCUGGAGACAUGGGCACUGAGGCUCCUGUGUUGUCAGAUGACCAGCCCAGUUUGGAGUCAGUGACGAGUGUGGAUCAGCUGUUACAGCUUCUGUACCCCGAAUACAAUUUGCUUCAGCACUGCCUGAGGAGGAAAACAUGGCAAGCCUCCUCUGCCCCCUCUUUUUCCACCUCCUCAGCGAGCCCUUUGGUCCACUCUGACAAUGAGGAUCUGUGGGGUCAGCCAAGGGAGGAGGCGCUUUUCAAAGUGGACGGGACUCUGGGAGUCAUCUUAGAGGAGAUCCAGCGGACCUCAUGCCAGCCCAGAGAGGUGUGUGUUGAGGUCGCCAAGGAAUACCCAGAAUCCACCAGUCAAUUCUACCUCCCUCGCUGUGUGGCGCUGCAUCGGUGCGGCGGCUGCUGCACCAACGAGGCCUUUUACUGCACCAACACAAGUCACGCGCUUGUCAACAAGACAUUGAUGGAACUCUCCCCGCCCAGGAUGGAUCGUACCGUUGUCAUGGUAACCUUUGUCAACCACACCUCGUGUGAAUGCCUUUCCAAGCGGCCGCUCCACUCCAUCAUAAGACGAGCUGCGACAGAUCACCUGUGUUCCCCACCUGAACUUCCCUGUGCCUCCGGGGCAUUAUGGGAUCCAGUGAACUGUGUGUGUGUCUCUACAGAGGCCAUAAACUACUCUGAGAGAGAGACAGAGGGGCUGGACUCAGGCCUGCUGGCUCUCUGUGGACCCAACAGGGUUCUACACGAGUCCACCUGCGAGUGUGUUUGUCGUAAUGGACUCACCGAGGACAGCUGCGAUCCAGGCUGGAAACUGGACCACAACACCUGUGAAUGCCAGUGUGAAGGUCAAGGUGAGGGGAAGUGGUGCCCAACGGGCCAGCGGUGGGAUGAGGAGCUGUGUGGCUGUGUGUGUGCUGCGGAGUGUCCCGGGAACCAGCCCCUGAACCCCGACACCUGCCUGUGUCAGUGCAGAGAGAGUCCGCAGUCGUGUCUGCGGCAGGGCAAGAGGUUUAACCCCAACUCUUGCAGCUGUUACAGGUUGCCUUGCAGAAAGCCAAGACGUGUGUGCCAGGCUGGUUUUUACUACAGCCACCAAGUCUGCCAGUGCAUCCCCAACUACAUGAGACCUGAGUGGAAUUAACCAAACACAGGCAGACAGAGGAGAAAGACUGCAGGUGUUACCCUUCAACACAAGGCGAACAAACCUUUUGGGCCUGAAAACAAAGGGCAAUAAGGAGGAAGUGCCUCUUGACAGGAAGCUGGACCCAACAUUUGCAUGUACUGGAUUACAACAGCAGCACUUGGAGGACGACGGGAGUGAUUCCCAGUCAGACAAUAAGGCCAAAGAGCCAUCAGUAAAACUCAUAAGAGUGGAGUAAUGUCAGCCAAAGAGAAAAUGAAGAGAUAUUUGACUCUGUGGUACCCUAUCAACACCAAUCACAGCUGCCUGAAAGCAUGACAGCAAGUGCAGGAUGGACCAAUCAGACUCUGAGCCAGCGCUUUUCACCGCUGCAACGUGUUCGAGCAAGAUAUUCAACCACGGACCUGCUGCAGAGACACCACUCAUGACUGUGUGAAAUGGAAAGAGUGAUAAAAUAAUAACAUACCAAAUUCCAGACAUGCUUUUUUUAGAUUAAAUACCUGUAGGCACUUUGGCAGGCUUCAGACAUGAGAUGUUUAAGGGGUUGAAGGAUUUAUUUUGCAGGAAUCAUGUAAUGUGAUGUUGCCAGGCCUUAUAUUCCCUCUUGUGGCAGAGAUGGAAAUAAUGAGCGUGUGUUUUGGUGGCACUAGCUUUAGAUUGUAGCGUCUAUACUGAAAGGGACAGAGUGAGGCUCUUGUAACAGAUAAAAAUGUCUUUUUACAUAAAAGUCUUAACUGGUGCCGUCAGCCUUCGCAUUCCUUCCAAAAGAGAAAGGGUUUAAUGCCAGAUCCUGUUUAAUUAAACGCAACUUCAAACACUCCCAAACAGCUAUUAUAUCCUCCAGUUUCUACUUGCCUCUACUCUAGCGCUGCUCUUUGAAGAUUUCACUCAUACGAGGUUGAAUCCAUCAUAGUUGAUGGUAACACUUGGGUACAGCUCUGGAUCUUCUAGUAAUUUAAUUCUACACACUCUAACUAAUAUUAUUUGUAAAUAUUUAAAUCUUUUUUUUCAUAUUUAAAACUGAUAUUUUGAAGACGGAAUCAUGUAGUUGUAAAAUACUGUAUUUAAGUGAUAUAACUAUUUCAUGUCUUUGUACUGCAGCAGUUUGAAUCAUUAUGGAGAAUUUGAUUUGUUUUUAAUUGUCAAUUUUGCCUGCACUGCAAAUUUAAUUUUAACAGUUCUUUUGGGCUAUAGGCUACAGCUUUAAAAUAAAAAAAAUAAAUAAAAAAAAUUAAAAAAACAACAACAACAUGGGCUCAAAAAGACAUUUAAUGUUAGGAUGAAGAUACACUGCAGUGUAAAAUGACUAGUGUUUGUGCUAUAUGUAGAGAAUAACAAAUUCUUGACCAUGCUACUAUUAAAUAUUUAAAGGAGUUAAUUUGAAGUACUGAUUAAAAGCCUUGCCAGACUGAUGGUUUGUGUCCCUGUUUUGUUAGUGUUAAAUAUUAUAUAUUAAUAGGGUAUACAGGCAGCUACAACCUCUGGAAAACAGGCUGCAAAAAGCAUCUGCUGUAUGUUAUAGUCAAAACAUUCAAAAUUUUAGCCACAAACUAAACUCAUACAACAAUAAUUAAAUUGUACGCCAUAGUUUCAUUUAAAGCAACACUAUAACUUUUGCUGACCAUGGCUACACAUUAAUUAUGAGAUUAAUGCUAUGCUACUGUUUCCAGAACUACUGUUUAGCCUACACAUUCUCACUCCAGCCUCGUCACAUAUCGCUGCUUGGUUGUGAACGUUCCUCGUCUACGUAACGUGCAACGUUGCCUGGGUGCUUCUGUUGUUGACAUUCUGGAACACAGUGUCAAUGUCAGCCUGUUGCAUACAUUGGGUCUUUUCAAAAUACACUUCCAUUUUCAAAGGAAAUGUAUAGUUUGCAUACAGUCUCUUUCAAAAUAAAUGUAGUACAACACAGUGAUUUGACAGUUUUUUCAUUCAACAACAAAAGCACAUGGUUAGGUCUGGAAAAAAACAACAGGGUUUGGCUUCACAUUCAUACGGUGAGCAAACAUCAGCCUACCCAGUUGGUAAAGUGUGCUUCCAUACA